CCCGGAGUUUUUUCGGCUCCCUGUUAGCGGCUGGUCGCUGGUGUAAGACAAAGGGUGGGCUGGUCACGUGCAGUACAGAAGCACCGACACUUUUCGCUAGUACCGAUUUUUUUCGGUCUGACCUCGGUAUUACCGGUUUCUUAUAAUUAGUAACGGUAUCGGCCCAUCAUUCAUAAAGUAUUCACACGAUUUGUUGGAGUGUAUAGUCGCAUUUUUUCAGGCCACAUAGGUUUGACGUCGCCAUUUGGUCGAUUGUAUAUUUAGCUUUAGUACUUUUCACCACGACUUUCCAACAUGGAAAUUGAUAAGGAGUGCGGAGGAAUACGCAACUUUGAAGUUCAUGGAUACUUUGUGAGUCGAUUUAAGGCAUUUGUAGUUGCAAUUCUGUUUGUUUCGCUUUUCAUCACUGUGGUCGUGUUAGCUACAUUGCUGGUUAACGAACGGGGGAAAGGAGAUAUCACUCGAGCGACAGGUGAUCAAGCUGGAAAUCAAGAGCCCCACUUGAAACAAAUGACUUGUGAUGUAGUCGUGGUUGGAGGCGGUAUAUCAGGAUUGUACAUGGCGGAAACACUCAUGCGGUUGAAGAAAGAAAACAACGUAUGCUUGUUCGAGAAAGAUUCCAGAUUUGGUGGAAGGAACUACGACUUCAGGUUUCAACGAGCACCAAACAUCAGUAUUAAUCUGGGGUCCUGGCGUGUGGAUAGGAAAAACAAAAGAGUGAUGGAUUUAGCAAGACGCCUCAACAUCACCAUGUUGUUCAUUGGAAAUCUCACAGACGUUUUUUUUCAAGCAAGAGGUGUUAAUGCAUCCACCUUUCAAUCUCUGAAGGAAAAAGCUUUCCCGACGCUCAUGUCAGGGCCGUUUUCCAAUAUGACGUGGUUGGAUAUGUAUCUGUUCGCUUGGAAAAACAUGACAAAAGAAAAAGCACUCGAGUUUCCUUUUUACCGAGAAUUUAUGUGCGAAAGACUGGGAAGUGAAGGUUGCGAGCUAUUAUACACCAGAUACGUUGACAAGAGAGAUUUCUACGAAGAAAGUACAUUAUACAUAUACGAACACGAUAAAGCUGUCAGCAAUUUUUCAAACAAUUUCGUCAAACCAAGAGGCGGUAUAUCAGAUAUUACAACAGCACUAAAAACUUCUGCACAGCGCUUUGGUGCAAAGUUGGUUUUAAACGAGAGCGUAAAUGGUCUGGAAAGGAAGGAAGGGGGUUAUGCAGUUCAUACCGAUCGUUUCAAAGUGUCAGCCAAAAAACUAGUUAUUGCUCUUCCGACUCUUCCAUUUGAAUCCAUUACGGGAGAUGUAGCUGCGGAUGUCAAAAGUAAUGUAUUAUUUGGAUCCAUUCAGGGGGCAAACGCAUUCAAAGCAGUGGCCAUUUAUAGCUCUGCUUGGUGGGAAGAUUACCUUCCCAAUUUGAACCGAUCCGAGCCAAUCGUCGAAACAUUUUGGUCAGCAUCGACAUGCAUGGUGUUAGUGCCUUAUAAUGGACGAGGACCUCAGGGAGAAGCCGUUAUUCAACUGACAUAUGCCUGGUUGGGUUGCGCUGCAAAGUGGGGCAAGAUGUCCAAGCUGCCUAGAGCAGGCUUUGAGGUGGAGAUAAAGAAAGCUGUCCAAGAAGUGUUUCCAGAAAAAGAUGUACCAGAUCCAUUGGAUAUGGUGUUCAAAUUUUGGGACAGAGUCGCUUGGCAUGUGACAAAGGCAGGGUCCAACGUGAGCCGACACGAUGUGAAAAACUGGGCGAAACGUCCUUUCCCCGGAGAGGAAAUUUACUUGGUUGGGGAGGCGUAUUCAUUAGAAGAUGGAUGGAACGAAGGAGCUCUUUCGAGUGCGUACAGCGCCCUCGAGGAAGGAUGGGGAAUAUCAAAUCCUGGGGAAUAUUGAAAGAGGAGCCGACAUAGAGCCAGGUUAUCUUUUAAAAAAAUAAUUUUUGAUUUUCGGAAUCCUUCCUUUCUUUUUUUUUUAACCAUGAUCACAUGUCUGUGCGAAGUUUUGAAAUCCGAAAAUACUGUGGACCUUUAAUGCGACUUCAGUGUACGUCAGUAAAGAAAUGAGAGUAGGGUAGUCUGAGAUCAUAAAGGAAUGGACGUGACUGGUUAGACGUUCUGUGAAACAGCAUGAAAGGAGUAAAUGUUACUUUACCCAAUGAGUGAAUGUUAGUUAAGAUGAGCUUACAUCACCGCGGAAAAAAAUUCUACAGAUUGUAAAUUCUCUGAAAGCUGGAACUUCAGUGCAGAACUCUUGUCCUAAAUUGGAAAGUUAGAGUUGUAAAUUAAAGUAUGGAUUUUUGGGGAAAACCGUAUAAAUUGGAUAAAAAAGCUGUAAUAAAUAAUGAGAAUUCACAACAAACGUAAACAAACGUCCUGCUUUUACGUAAGGGACCUUUCUCUUGACAGUAUCGGUAACUUUUCGGAGCUAAGCUUUACUCUAAUUAUGAGUCUUAUUGGUGGCAGUUCAAUUGGUGACUGUACAAGCAACAGUUUAUUCCUGCUCCUUAAUUCGAAACAAAAGUUUAGUCAAUUACUUUGCCCCCUUGCUUGAUUAAAUGUAAGUUAUUGAUCAAAAUAAAAAAAAAAAUUGACAAGAAAAAA